UCAGUAUUCCCAAAAUGGAUCACUUUAUCCAUAUCGCUUUUAUCCUUGCGAUCUUUCUACCUCUCGGAAUCGACGGCAAACCUCCAAGAAAAAUAGUCGGUGGAAUUUCCGCCAAGAUCAAUGAUUUCCCGUGUGUAGUUUCCAUCGAAAUCUGGGGUCAGCAUUUUUGUGGCGGAGCUUUGGUAUCAAAGAAACACGUCCUGACAGCAGCACACUGUCUUUGCACCCCAGACGAGAGAACCAAGACUAUGACAAUUUUCGACGAAAAUGCGCUUAAGAUCGCUGCUGGAAGUAGCAGUUCCAAGCAUCUUAAUCAAGUCUACGAAGUUGAGAAGAUAAACGUCCAUCCUGCGUAUACCGGCGAGUCGCCGCUAAUUUUGCACGACCUUGGGAUCAUAACGAUGAAAGAAGAAGCUGUCCUAGAUGCUACAGUGCAGGUUGUAAACCUACCAACUGACUACUGCUACGCCGGGCAACUCGCAAUAGUUCUCGGAUGGGGAUACUUAAAAGACAAAGGUGGUGCCACGUCUGAGUGGUUGCAAAAAGCUCCUGUUCUGACACUGAGUAAUGAAGAUUGUAUGCAGAAACUUCCUUAUCCCAUUGAGCAGGAUCAUAUUUGUGGGUGGUACGGUCAAGGUGUUGGAUUUUGUGACGGUGAUAGUGGAGGACCUUUAUUGCUCAAUGGAGAGAUAGUUGGUGUCGUCUCCAUGGGCUACGUCUGUGGAUCUGGACUUCCCGAUAUCUACACCCGGGUGUACUCUUACUUACCUUGGAUUAGAAGAGUAAUUCGUAGUACGUAUCAUUAAAAGGAUUGUAUCAAAUUAGUCAUAAGUCAUAAAUAAAUAACAGUUUAGUUGAAAUGAAUAGUAUUUUAUUUA